AUGAACGCAUCCUCCAUUAAAACUGUCGGUGUUAUCGGCACUGGCGUCAUUGGCGCCAGUUGGACAGCACUUUUCCUUUCCAAAGGCCUCAAAGUCAUUGCAACAGACCCAGCACCCGAUGCUGAGGCCAAACUUCUCGAAUAUUUACAAAAGAAUGGUUCUGCUGUGCCCAAUACCAAAGUGGCUCCGAGCACCUUUUUAGAGAAUCUCAAAUUUGUCAAAGAUCUUGACCCUCAUAUGGGGGAGAUAGAUAUGAUACAAGAGAACGGACCAGAAAGGGUUGACUUCAAACGCCGUCUAUUUGCCCACUUGGACUCAAUUACUCCUGAACAUGUGUUAAUCGCAUCGUCUUCCUCGGGUCUGCCUUCAUCAGUCUUUAUCACCGAGUGCAAGAAAAAUCCGGCUCGCAUUCUGAUCGGGCAUCCCUUCAAUCCUCCACACUUGGUACCCUUGGUGGAGGUAGUUCCUCAUCCCGGGACUAGCGAAGAAUACGUGACUGCUGCUUGUGCAUUUUACAGCAGCCUCGAUAAAGACCCUGUGGUUGUCCGAAAAGAGACACCCGGCUUCAUCGCCAACCGACUACAAGCUGCCGUUUGCGCUGAGGCAUACAGUCUUGUCUCGAGAGGGGUCGUUUCGGCCGAGGAUCUCGACAAAACAAUGACUUCUGGUCUUGGCCUCCGUUGGGCACUCUCUGGUCCCAUCAUGACAAACACUCUCGGAGGGGGUGGAAAUUUCAGUCAUUUCGUGGAUCACCUUGGCCCAGCAUUAAAAACGUGGCUCGAUGACAUGCAGCAACAUCCGUUUGACUUUGACUCACGAGACGCCAUUGAAGAUCUGAAGUGCAAAGUAAAUGGGUGGGUAUCUCAUGUCGACCUGGAAGCUGUUGAAAGCAACCGAGAUAAACACUUAUUCAACUUGGUCGAAGACAAGUUAGCCGCUGCUGAUGUCCAGAAGUGA